GGGGGAAAACACAUGUGUAGCCUGUAGGCUAUUUGUAUAUUUCCCUCGUCCCCUUAUGAAGACGGAAAACCAAAAAUCAGUUGUUCAGAUGUGAGGCUGGAUAGGCCAACCCUGUGAUAUUAAGAUGCUGUCGUCGAAUUUAUGGUUCUCAUCAUAAAGUGAUAUUAUGGGCUGAGCGGAGGAGGAGCGGGUGGGGCCUGGCUCGGAACAGAGAGGCAGACUGUGGUCACUGACCGGAGACUCUGCUGGCUUUUAUUCUACUGAAAUCAGACCGCAUGUCUGACCCAGGGGUCCGCCUGCUGCCCGGAGCAAACUGCACGCAUUUCUUCAACAUAUUUAACGGACGCUGCGUUGGCGAAGGGGAGGAGGAGGAGGAUGAAAACAUCGCCUGAUAUAUUUUUUUAACGUUUUCGCUCAUAGCCUAUUUAUGGGAGGCAGCAGCGGCUUGGUCCUUUCUUUAUUAUAGGAGCGAGAUCUAUGCGGUUAGCUAUGUGAAGAGCAGAUCGCCUAGCAAUUCUCGUUUCGUGAUCCUGACGAACAAUUAUGAACAACGCUCAAGAUAUGUCGCCCGAUUUUGUGUUGAUGCGCCUGGUUUCCGUGGCCGAGGAUGACCGCUUGGACGCAGAAAACGGGAAUCUGCCGCCGGGAGGAGUGGUGGCAGGGCUGGGGAAGGAGGUCCUGGCUCACAGCGCCGUCAAAGCGGGUUUGGAUAUAAGCCGAGAUCCAACGGAGGGCCUCCAGCAUCCCAGCAGCCACCUGAACAAAGCACAGCCGAGCACCGAGGGCACGGCUGCACCUGACUCUGGGGUGACGGAGAGCCGAGCCACACUGUCCGCGCCUCCGCCGCCGCAGAGCUCCAUGGAGGCCCAGGGGUUUGACUUCGCUCCCAGCCCCGGCCUACGGCCUCAGUUGCUAGUCUUCUCCAAUAUAAUGCGGAACGGAGAGGGGAUUUUGGAAUUAGACCGUCGGAAUCAGCCGAGGGAUGCUCUGGAUCAGAGCCCGGGAUCUGGCUGCUCCAGCCCAGCGGUCAAUAACAACACUCUGAGUGUCAGAGAGGUUCAGCAGCAGCAGCAGAACCUGCUAGACCGGACAUGGGGAGCGCAUUCGCCAGCCUCUGUGGAGAUGCAGGGAGCGGCUGAGCUAUGCCACCGGCAUCGACUCAUCGCCACUACGCCAGAGUGGCCCGUGUUGACGGAGAGAUCUAACCCUCUCACCGUGAUUGACUCUAAAUGGGGAUGCGCCACCAGGGACAGGGAAGGAGCCGUGUUUGAGUUGGCCCGGCGGUUCGGGGAGCUUGGGGUUGGCGCGGUACCCAAAAUGCUGUUCAAAGCAGGCGAGCUCCCACACUGUUCGUGUCAGAGUGCACAUAGGCCGGCAGGAGGGGGAGUAGAGCCCGGCGAUGACCCAACAGAGACUAGCGACGCAUUGUUGGUGCUGGAAGGGCUGGGGAACGGGGACGUUGACGGUUUGGACAUGGACGAGUGUCCGGAGGAUGAUGCAGAUGAUGAAAACGGACGCCGGGAGUUUUUACUCAACAGGAAAAGGGAAAUAGUUCAGAAAAUGUCCGGGGCUUUCUCCAUCAGCAGUUUUCAAGUGGAACUGAGGAGGCAGGUGGAGGAGACGGCGACAGAAGCAGCGGCUGCGGCGCACAUUGCCACGCAGGUGUGCAGGCUCCACGGGAACUUAUCCGGCCGGCUCUCGCAGGUAAGCUGUGGGAAUACAGAGGUUGUCACGCAUGCUUCAGCCAAGUCAUCGUCGACUACCCCGGCCCAGAGCUCGCCCUGGGCCACAAGCCCGAACCUGAGCCAGGCAUCGACACCCAGAAGGCGGCCGGAGCGGUGCGCCAGUGCGCCCCGGACUCCCACGGGCAGGGCCACGGGCGGGGAAAAGAUGCUCAAAGUUCCAGGGAAGUCAAAAAAGGGCUCGUUAAAGAUCAGACUGAGCAAAUUGUUCCGGACUAAAAGCUGCAGCGGCUCCAGUCACCUUUUGGACAAAAGGCCCUCAGUGACUUAUUCAGUAUCUUCUGCCGGGAGUCUGGUGGACAUGGCGUGUGCAGCGGGUGCUGAGCAGGAUGCAGACAGCCACAGCCAGCCCAGACUGACCAGGGCCCACAGUGCCUUUUCCCCAGCCUCCCUCUCUGCCUCUCUCUCAACUUUCACUGGUGAGACCGUUUCUCUAGUGGAUGUGGAUAUUUCACGGCGAGGGGCGAAUACGCCACACCCACACCCACCUACACCUCCACCCCCUCCUCGUCGAAGUCUCAGUCUCUUAGACGACAUAGCCGGGCCCCAGCCUGGGCCUUUCCUAGUGAGCGUCAUGGGCGCCUCUCUGCAGUCUCUUCCUCUGCCUCUCCCUCCUCCUCCUCCUCCUUCCCACACUACCAUCCAGCACAGUCUCAGCCUCAAUGAUGCUUUCCUACGGGCCCUUCCUCAUUCCAACCCAUCAUCAGCUGAUGCUCUACCCCCCAUCAGACAGGCCCCACCCCCCAUGCUGUGUGCCCUGCGGCGGUCGGAAGCCAGCAACUUCACCGCCAGUCUGAGAGAACUGGAGAAGUGCGGCUGGUACUGGGGUCCCAUGAAUUGGGAGGACGCGGAGAUGAAGCUGAAGGGUAAACCAGACGGAUCCUUCCUGGUUCGUGACAGCUCAGACCCUCGGUACAUCCUGAGCCUCAGCUUCAGAUCACAGGGAGUCACACACCACACUCGCAUGGAGCACUACAGAGGGACGUUCAGUUUGUGGUGUCACCCGAAGUUUGAGGACCGCUGUCACUCUGUGGUGGAGUUCAUCGAGCGAGCCAUCAUGCACUCCAAAAAUGGGAAAUUCCUCUACUUCCUCCGCUCCAGAGUCCCAGGACUACCUCCCACUCCGGUUCAGCUGCUGUAUCCUGUGUCUCGCUUCAGCAAAGUGAAGUCACUUCAACAUCUCUGUCGCUUUUGCAUCCGACAAAUAGUCCGCAUCGACCACAUCCAAGAGCUUCCACUGCCCAGACCGCUGAUCUCCUACCUGAGUAAGUUUUAUUACUAUGACCCUGAGGAGGAGAUGUACCUGUCAAUCAAGAGCAUCCGGAGGGUAGUGGGAGUAGGGCAGGAGGCCGAGUCGCAGACGUAGCAGCAGAGCUCUUCUCAGCUCGAGUUUUGCUGUGGAGGACUGUACUGUCUGUACUGGUCUACCAGUCUUCCAGCAUCGGCCAAUCAGAGUCCCUGGAAAUCUGUGUGUCCAAUGUGACUGGGAUGGAUCCUCCUAUGUGUGGAUUUGGACUAAUGAGAGGAAUGAUGUGUGCUUGCAGUUGAAUCGUGGUGCAUAUGCAGUGGACUCAGUGACUUCUGAGGAGGGACUGUAGAGAUACGCUCACCUGAAAACAUGUCGACAGGCACAAAAACAGAGCCUGAAUUAUGAACUCAAUUUCCUGAACCUGUUGAAAUGGACUUUUAAAACACAAUGCACUGGUCAAUUUGUACAACUGUUGUUUGCUGCCAUUUCCUUGUUUUUCCUUCCAUUUUGUCAAAAAAAGGGAUUUUGGAUUAAAAGAUGUCCUCAGUGCUGGUAUACACACAGAGGCAGGGCCACAGAGGCCUGUCAAAUCAUUUGGUGUCUUCAUCAUCUGAAACUGAACCCCAAAAGUUGGACCCUAUGAAUCAGCUAAAAAAAGUUUUUUGCUUUUUUUUAAAUCCCGUGAGUAAAUUUCUUCAUUUUAUUUAAACUCAUCUUAUAUGACACAAUUUGAGGAACUCCUCAAGUUGUAUAAGUUGUAUAUGGAAUAUAUUAAGAGUAUUGACUGGCUUUCACUUGCAGCAACCAGCACUGGUUAUUUUCACUAUUCUACAUUAAUCAGUGUGCCAGCUAUUUUUUAAAAGUGGCAAUAGGCAUUUUUCGCUAUAACCCAACUUUCUAAACUGGACUCCUUGUUUUUAAAAAACAAACAAACACCCACUUCUAUUGGGUAAAUAGCUAGCCAACUGUUGUUACUUUAUGUGAACCUACUAUGAGCUUUGAGUGCUAAAACCUAUUGAGUUAAUUCUGAGAUACAAGCUGUUUUGCUUUAAGUCUUCUUUGUCUUUGGCCUCUCAACAAUAUAGGCACGAUAUGAUUGUUCUACUGUCCGCGAUUUCAUCUGCGGUAGCUACCAGGAAACCAAAAGUGCUAUCCUCAUUUUGUUUGUGUUGGCAAGCCUAUGGUCCCCAGAGAUUUACCUGUGGGUAGUCAGAGCUGCUGAGUGUAAGUGUUGCUUAUGAGCAACCAUUUAGAAGGCAGUUGGUAUGCUUAUUCUAUAGGCAUUUCAAUAUAUAGUCAUCACUGGAUGUUUGUAGGGAUUUUUUGUGACGUUUUGUGUCAUAUUGUUAAAAAUAUCUAUUUAAUUGAAAUAAGAACAUGGUAGACACUGUUUUGAUCUUCUUAAGACAGCAUCCUAAACUAAUCUGGGUCCACAUACUGGCCACCUUGUUAGGUACCCCUGUUUAACUGCCCAUUAAGACAAAUAUCUAAUCAGCCAAUCACAUAGCAGCAACUCGAAUGAAUUGAGGCAUAUAGACAUGGUCAUUAUCACCUGCUGAAGUUUAAACUGAGCAUCAGAAUGGGGGAAAAAUGUGAUUUCUUUGUUGGUGCCAGACAGGCCAUCUCUCACACAACUAUCUCUAGGUCUAUCUCACAGCCCAUUGUUCCUUCAGUGGGCUGGUUUCAGUCAUUAUGCAAAUGUACUGUUUAUAAGAUUGGGGAAACCUGCAGUCAGCUGAGACUGAAGAAGUCACUUGGAUGAGUGACGAAACAUUUCUCCCACUGAAAACGUCCAGAUGAACAGAAUUAACUUUUGGGGAACUAUCUCUAGGGUUCACAGAAAAAAGGAAAGAGAAAAUAUCCAUUGAGCUGCUAUAAAUGCCUUUUUGAUGCCAGAGGUUAGAGGAAAUUGCCAUUCUGCUUUAAAGUUGCUCCAAUAGUCAUGUUUUGCAAUAAAGGUAUGCAGAGGGAAAUUGCUCUGAAUGCACAACACGCUGAACCUUGAGAAGCUGGGUGUCACUCCUGUCUAAAAACAGCAAACUGAGGCUACGAUUUGCAUUCGUCUAUCAAAAAUGGAAAGAUUGGAAAAAUGUUCCCUGGUCUGAAUUUUUGCUGCAACAGUUGAAUGACGAGGGUCAAAAUGUGGUGUAAGCAGUAUAAAAGCAUAGAUCCAUCCCGCCUUGUAGGCACGGUUCAGCCUGGGGGAGGUGAUGUAAUAGUCUGAGAUAUGUUUCCUUAGCACACUUUGGGCCCCUUGGUAUCAAUGAGCAUCUAUUAAAUUACAUAGGCUACCUGAUUAUUGUUGCUGACCAUGUCAAUCCUUUUAUGACCAUGGUGUACCAUGCACACCAUAUCAGAAAGCUCAGAGCAUCUCAAACGGAUUUUCUGAACGUGAAAAUUAGUUGACUGCGCUCAAACGCCCUCCAAUCCUUUUGGAUUUGCAGCAUAGAUGUGAAGCUGACAAAUAUGCAGCAACUGUGUGAUGUUAUGGGCCAAAAUCUCUGAGGAAUGUUUGCCAGCACCUUCUUUAAUCUGUGCCACGAAGAAUUAAGACAGUUCUAGAGG